AUGCAACGAUUGUACAUGAAAGAUGCCCACUUAUUAUUUAUUGCUGCCAGCUUCCGACCAGACGUCACCAAUGAAGAGGAUAUGUCGGAAGGGGAUCUAUCUUUAACGCAACCUGAAAGCCAAGGGUACCAGCUUCUUCCUAACAGUGCCAUCUGCUUUGAGACUUUCUCAGAAGAGAAGAUUUUCAGCAGCACAGUUAGUUCGCUGGCGCCGUUGCAUGGUCAAGGUCGUCUUGAUGAUGCUGAGAGUGAACGCGUUGGCCCAAAUGCGUCCUCGCCAAGCACUAGAAAAUCUGAAACGUCACAUGCUGCAUGCAGCUUUAAGGAAGAACAGAAAGUGGAAUCUGUAAGAAGGUUGUCUCGCUCUUACGUUAACGAUCGGAUUCCACAAUUGCCGUCUUCUGAUGAGGAGAUUAACAGGGAAGGCGGCUCGAACCAAGAGAUGGUAUGGCCGGAGUCACAAUACGACCACCUAGAGUCAGUAGGGGAGUUCGAACUACACCAAGGGGAUGGAUUGGAUCUAACAGAGCACUCUCAAGCGGCAAUAACGGCUAUGUCGGAAAAAGAUAAGCAAGACGGGCCCGGUCGUAUCAAAAUCUCUAGCAGCUGCCCUGCCUUUAAUGCAGAAGCGCGCACACUGUCUUUUGAUAGCAAUAUAUAUUCCGAUCCCUUCCAUCCCAAUAUCGGUACUUUGCCAGGACCAUCUACAAGUACACCAAAACCUUUGAAACCAAGCAGCGUAGCAGGAUCCAUGUCAAAAGGAUCCUUAUUGUCUUGGUUAUCACCAAUAAAUCGAGCGGUUGUACCUGCUCGACGUGCGGAAUUGGUUUCACAGACGCAGUUGAAUGUGGAGAAUCUGAGGGAUGCCCUGGAUAAAAGCAACGCUAGUCCGAAUUUGUCUACUGCAAAUCUUAAGCCACCCGGAAAUGUUUCUCUUGAUGGCACCUUAUUCGAUGAACUUCCACAACGAGUAAUGCAAAAAAUUAGUUUGCAAUCGAAGCCUCCCGAAGAUAUCAGCCACAUUGAGGGCGCUAAAGGCUACCCCUGCAAUUUUUGCGGAUUCAAAGCACGUACUAUCAAUGACAUCAGACGACACACCACUAUGACACAUUCAGAAAUUCUGCCUUCGACUUCAACAAAAAUUGUCACGCCAUGUCAUCUCUGUAAAGAGGUUUUUGAAAAGCGAAGUUUGCUGCUUAAACAUAUUGCUGAUCACCAUACAGAUUUGUCAAGACCAUUCAAAUGUGCCUACUGCCCGAAGACAUAUGCAACUUCUCGUGCAAUGCGUGAACAUGAACGUCGAUGCCAUGAAUCGCGACUGUUCUUGGACGCAGCAAAUUUAGUCUGCCCCCACUGUGAUAAAGAAUUUGGUAGCAAAAGGAACAGAGAUGAGCAUGUAAAGAGACAUAAAAAUCCUAAUAGUGCGCUAGCUCGCGGAUUCUAA